CAACCAGCCACAAAACACAGCAAGCAGAGCGACACAUCCAGCCAGCCCCACACACCACAGCGCCGCUUUGCUUGACUUGACUUGAUCUCUCCUCCCUCACCUCCAACAAACACACACACCAGCCAUGUCUGAGGACGGCGCGAUGGAGGAUGAGCUGCAGGAUUUUGCGGAAGCACUCGACCGGUUCUCCGACGACCCCGCGUUCUCCCCGUUCCGUGAAGAAUACGAAAACCUCCUGGAAGCUCUGGAAAAGGCGCACGACAACGAGCGGCGGCUGGAGUCCAAGUGCCGCGAACUGAACGCAGAGCUCGUCUCCAACGCAGCCAAAGUGCAGUCCGCGCUCCAGAACAACCGGGAUGAUGAGAUGUCGGUUGCGCAUCUGCAGAAGGAGGUGGACGAGGCGUGGAAGCUCGUGGACCAGGCGCGUGAGAACGAGGCCAAACUCAAGGAGCAGCUGGAGGAAAUGCGGGAUGAGAUGGUGAAGUUGAAUGAGGAGAUUGAGGAGCAGACGUCGCAGGCGCACCAGAAGGGGGAGGAGCUCACUGCUCUCGGCGCACGCAAGAAAGAGCUCGAGAUUGAACGCGAAAACUUGCUCGAACAGGCGAGCAAGUUGAACCAGCAGAUCACGGACCUGCGAGAGGAGCAGAACAAGUUGGAGCAAGGCCGCGCGGAGGCGACGGCGCGUGUUGACGAGCUGGAGGAGAUGUUGACACAGAAGCAGUCCGAGUCUGACCGAGAGGCCCGCAAGAAGGCGCACCUCGAACGCGAACUCGCGACGCGGCGCCAAGAGCUGGAGGAGAAGCAGAGCGACGCAACAGAGGCUGGCGAGCAGCUGAAGGAAACACAGAUGAUGGUGCAAGAGCUGACGGGCCAACUGGACGAGAAAGAAGCAGAGUUGUCGCUGGUGCAGCAGGAGAUGAUGGAGCUCGCGCAGAAGAACAGCAGACUCGAGAAACAGGUUGAGGAGAGCAUGAUGGCGAACCAGAAUGCGUUUGAAGACAUGAUGAAGAUGAAACAGGAGCUCAAGCAGCGCGAAGACGAGCUCCUCUCCCUCAAGGGCGACUGCCAGAAACUCCAGAAGUCGAACGAGGCUGUUGCGCGCAAGUUGAAGGCGAGCGAGGACAAACGUCUGGAGCUCAUCAGCAGCCGGGACCUCCUCAAGGGCGAGCUUGGAGCGCUUGAGCGGGAGUUGGAGGCGUCGAAGCGGCAGAACGAGAGCGACCGCAAGCGACUGGACGAGAUGGCGCGCAACCGCGACAUGCUCACGAAGAAGGUGCUGACAUCGUCCAAGGAGACGGAAGCGCAGGAGGUCCUCGUCAAGAUGCACGAGAACACGAAGAAGACGCUUGAGGCCGAGAUUGCGGGAUUCAAGGAGGAGGCCGCAAAACAGCGCAAGAUCAUCUUCCAGCUCGAAAAGGAGCGGGACAAGUACAUCAACGAUGCGAGCGCAACGCAGGCGCGGGCUGUGCAGGCGAUGGAGGAAGUCAAGUUGGCUGAUGCGCAGGUCCUCGACCUCAAGAAGAAGCUUGCAGACGCAGAGGCAAAGCUCAAGCAGCAGCAGAGCCUGUACGAGCAAGUGCGGAGCGACAGAAACAUGUACAGCAAGAAUUUGAUUGAGGCGCAGGAUGAGAUUGCGGAGAUGAAGAGGAAACUCAAGAUUAUGAACCACCAAAUCGACCAGCUCAAGGAGGAGAUUUCGACAAAGGAGGCGCAUCUGCAAAAGGAGCACCACAUGUACGAGACGCUCGACACGCAAAAGAACAAGCUCAAGGCGGAGCUGGACCGGCUCAAGAUUGUGAAUGCGACGCACUUGAAGAGCAUUGCGGAGAAGACAAGUGAGAAAGAGGCGCUGGAGAAACUCAUCAAGGACGCCGAGGAACAGUACAAGCGGCUGCAGGACGAGAACCAGCGGGUGAUGAAGAUGAGAGACAGCUUUGCCAUCCAACUCACCCGGCGCAACGCCGAGCUUGAGCUGCUGUACCAAAAGCUGCAGAUUCAGGCGUCAACACUGGAGAAAGGAGAAGUGCAGUACCGCCAGCGCGAGGAGGACAUCCGACUGCUCAAGGUCGAGAUCAAACGCCUCAAGCGCGAACGAUCCCUUCUCUCAAAGAAUGUGUCGAACAUCGAGGAGCUCCGACGGGAGCUGUUCAAGGUGCAGCGGGAACUGCUCAAGGAGAAGACGCGAUGCAAAGCGCUGGAGGAGGAGGUGCAGACGCCAAUGAACGUCCACAGAUGGCGCAAGCUCGAGGGCAGCGAUCCGAAGACGUUUGAGAUGAUACAAAAGAUCCAGACACUGCAGAAACGGCUGAUCCAGAAGACGAGCGAAGUCGUGGAGAAGGAGCUCAAGAUUCAGGAGAAGGAGAGGCAGUACGUCGAACUCAAGACGAUCCUUGCGAGGCAGCCCGGCCCCGAGGUGGCUGAGCAGCUGCAGGUGUACCAGCAGGCGGUCAAGGAGAAAACGCGACAACUCAAGUCCAUGGCGUCGGAGGUCAACAUGUACCGCGCACAGGUCGACGAGCACAAGUUUGAGCUCGACCGCGUGGUGAAGGAGCUCCAUGACCUCAAGAAGAAGUACUUUGAGCAGAAGAAGAAGGACAUGUUGCGACGGGAUAAGGAGCAAGCAAUGCGGCCCGUGCCACCACCCGAGCACAUUGCAAACAGACCACGCUUCACUGGUGGCGGCUUUAGCCUCAAGACACCAACCACAUAACAGCUAUAUCGUGUGUGUGUGUGUGUGUGUGCGUGAGUGUGUGUGUGUGUGUGUUUUCGUGUCGUGGGAGUUGAGCAGUCUCAAUGUGCGUGUGUUGUUGCUAUCCCCUUUCUGCAACUCUCUGGUUAACUUCCCCAAGGCUUCUGCUUUGUUGCACUGCAAUACCUUCGCAACCUUGUGCAAUCGUGAAAUGGAGGUGUGGUCCAUCAGCAACCAAACGCACACACACACACACGCGCGCACACACACACACACACACAAUUAUGCAUGCACUUGUUUGCUUGGUAGGAGUGCGAUGUCGUUGCUAUCACCUUUCUGCAACUUCCCCGAG